AUGCCCGGUCAAAAGAUCCUCUGCGUCGCAGAAAAGCCUGCAAUAGCCAAGGCAGUGGCUCAACACCUGGCGGGUGGAAGGGUCACCACGCGGCCCGUCAAUGGGAACCAAUAUGUAAAGAAUUACGAGUUUGACUUCCACUUCCAGCAAUGGGGCAACUGCUCGGUAACCAUGACCAGCGUGCUGGGCCACCUCACUGGUUUGGACUUCGAUCCCAAGUAUAAAAGUUGGAAGUCGUGUCCUCCAAGUCAACUGUUUGAAGCCGAAACAAAGAUCACCAUCGACAGAGACAAGCAGUCCAUCGCCGAAAAUAUUCAACGCCAGGCCCGCUUUGCCCGAAUCCUCUUCAUCUGGACCGAUUGUGAUCGUGAAGGGGAACACAUUGGAGGCGAAGUACGGGAUCAGGCCAAAAAGGGCAAUCCGACCAUUGUCGUGAAGCGAGCCAAGUUCAGCAACACUGAAAGAGCCCAUGUUAUACAUGCGGCUCAUUCUCCCAUUGAUAUGGACGAACGUCAAGUCAGUGCAGUGGCAGCAAGAAUCGAGCUCGACCUUCGUAUAGGUGCCUCCUUUACCAGGCUACAAAGCCUCGAACUCCAGCGUCUAAGCGACAACCUUCGAGACCAAACGAUUUCCUAUGGCUCCUGCCAAUUUCCCACCCUGGGCUUCGUGGUGGAUCGGUACAAUCGUGUCAGGAAUUUCAAGCCCGAGACCUUCUGGCUGAUCAAGCUGGUCCACGUGCGGAACAGGAUCAAGGUCAACUUCAACUGGCGGAGGGUUUCUCUAUUCGAUCGAGCAGCAGUGACUAUCAUAUUUGAGGCAUGUCUCGAUGCGAAACAUGCCAAAGUCACCAAGGUCCAGAAGAAACCAACCUCGAAAUGGAGACCACUGCCUUUGACCACUGUGGAAUUGCAAAUGCAAGGCAGCCGCUUUCUUCGCAUGACCAGUCAGCAAGUCAUGUCCGUCGCUGAGAAGCUCUACCAAAAAGGGUUCAUCAGCUAUCCCCGAACCGAGACGGAUCAAUUCCCGCGAGAGUUCGAUUUCAACGCCAUAAUUCAACGUCAAACCCAGGAUAACAAUUGGGGGCAAUACGCGCAGCGGCUACUGAAUGGUGACUUUAGGACCCCACGAUCAGGCCGUCACAAUGAUCAAGCCCAUCCGCCCAUUCACCCGGUCAAUUAUGUUGCUAGUGAUGCUCUAGAUGCCCAGGAAAAGAAGGUGUACGAGUUUGUUACCCGAAGAUUUUUGGCUUGUUGUUCCGAGGAUGCCAAGGGCGAGGCAACUGACAUUGAAAUACUCUGGGGCCCCGAGAUGUUUCAUACCCAUGGUCUGCUUGUCCUGGAAAGGAAUUAUCUCGAUGUCUACGUUUACGACAAAUGGGAAAGUAGCCAACAACUUCCUGAGUUUACACUUGGCGAGACAUUUGAGCCAACAGAAGCAAACAUGGUGGAUGGAAAAACUACGGCGCCUGGGUAUCUUACUGAACCCGAGCUGAUCGCUCUGAUGGAUGCAAACGGCAUUGGGACAGACGCAACGAUGGCCGAGCACAUUGCCAAGAUCCAGGAUCGAUCUUACGUCGAUACAAGACGGUCUGGAAGCGGUCGCAACGCUGUCCCGGAAUUCAUCCCCACUACCCUCGGCGUGGCCUUGAUUGAAGGGUAUGACAAUGUGGGCCUCGACGUCAGUGUCAGCAAGCCUUUCCUCCGUAAAGAGAUGGAGCUGAAAAUGAAGGCGAUCUGCGAGGGACGGAAAAGCCGGACUGAGGUGGUCCAGGAAAGCUUGGAGCAGUACCGCGAAGUGUUUGUCAAGACACAGCGUGAGAUACAGGUUUUGAAAGACGCAGUGACGAAAUACGUCGUCAAUGGAGGGACUGGAUGA